AUGGCUCCUGCUGGCAAGAAGAUGGAGACAGAAUUCAAUAGGUUCAAGAAUGAAUUUCAUUCGAGAGAGGGUCCUUAUAUUUCUGGUAAAGCUGAGGAUGGUUCUGAUAUUCCUCUUCCUGAAAAGUUUUCUUCUUCUUACCAACCUUGGAAGUUUGAACUUUCCGAAGCUGAGACAAAGAAAGUGACUGCUAAAAGGGACAAAACUUUACACAAUGCAUCAGCUUCGCAGAAUAAUAAAGUGAAAUCUUUAGGUGAUAAGACUUCAAGUAAAGGUAAGUAUAUUCCUAAAAGGCCUACGUCUAAAUCUUCAUCAAAAACGACAUCUACAAUGGAUGAUCUCUCUAGGAAGCGUAAAAGAUACGAUUCCUCUUCAAGUUCGGAGUCUAGUGAGGAUGAUAUCUCUGUUUCUGAUGAUUCAUCAAUUCCUUCUUCUUUGAAAGAAUCUUUGAGAGCCCGUUUAUCUUAUGUAAUCUCCUCGGACCACCAAAGGAGACUUACUAAACUUGAGAAAGAAAAUGCCAAGCUUAAAGCUGAGAAUUCAACCAAUUCUAGUUUGAUUCGCAGAGCCCGAGAAAGAAAUGAUGAACUCAUUGACCUGUAUAACCUUUCGGAUGAGGCUGCCAAUCUUCCUGAUGGUGAAACCCUUUUAGAACACCUUAAUUCUUCUUUAAAUAACUAUCCCAACCAAGGAUUUGAAAAUCUGAAUUUGGAAGAAUUAAGAUUGAAAUAUGCUUCUCUUAGAAAAAGCCAUAGAUCUUUAUUGACUACAUUUAAUAACUUUAAACAUCGUCUUCAUGAGAUCCAAGAACAAAUUCAAGUUUUGGAAACAAAGAAGAUUAAGCUUAUUGAUGAGAAAGACGAGAUCACUCUUAAGGGUGCGAAAGCACUAGAAAAAUUCCAAGAAUCCAUUGUUGAGGUUCAAAAAGAACAUAAGGAGAAGAAUUAUCUUCAGAAGAUUGAAGAGUUAGAAACUCGUUUAGAUUCUGAAGAAGAGAAGAAUUAUCCUCAAAAGAUUGAAGAAUUAGAAACUCACAGUGAGGGAGGAGAUGAAGAAUCUGAAGAAGAAAUAAGUGGUUCUGAGGCUGAGCGAGAUGAAGAUUAA